GAAGUCGCGGGGGUGGGAUCAGGAACGCGUAAUGGGUGGGAUGUAGGAGGUGCCGCUUCAUUUUUGCUUUUGAUUUGUCACUCAUUGAGCCCGUUGUUAUUGGCUACUCGCGACCUCAUCUAUACUAUACAGUGGGCGCAGUUACAGUAGAAUCAGUCGUUUGCGGGCUGAACGGGGUAGUUUUAGGCUGCUAGUCCUUCUCUAUCUUACAAACCCUGUUGUGGUGUGUUUAGCCGAAGCUACACUUAAGUUAUUCGCGGGCUGAAGGCAGCUGCAGUGAGUGACAUGGACGAAAAGGCGUUCACGAAGGAGCUGGAUCAGUGGAUCGAGCAGCUCAACGAGUGCAAGCAGCUCUCGGAGAACCAAGUGAAAACGCUCUGCGAGAAGGCUAAAGAAAUCUUAACAAAGGAGUCCAACGUGCAAGAAGUGAGGUGUCCGGUGACUGUCUGUGGAGAUGUCCACGGCCAGUUUCAUGACCUAAUGGAGCUUUUCCGAAUCGGAGGGAAGUCGCCUGACACAAAUUACCUUUUUAUGGGAGAUUAUGUGGACAGAGGCUAUUACUCUGUGGAAACAGUCACACUGCUUGUAUCUCUUAAGGUUAGGUUCCGUGAGCGCAUCACAAUUCUUCGAGGAAAUCAUGAAAGCAGACAGAUCACACAAGUAUAUGGCUUUUAUGACGAGUGUUUAAGGAAAUACGGAAAUGCAAAUGUUUGGAAAUACUUCACAGACCUCUUUGACUACCUCCCCCUUACUGCUUUGGUAGAUGGUCAGAUAUUUUGUCUGCAUGGAGGACUGUCACCAUCUAUAGACACACUGGAUCACAUUCGAGCGCUGGACCGCUUACAGGAGGUUCCACAUGAGGGGCCCAUGUGUGAUUUGCUGUGGUCAGAUCCGGAUGACCGCGGAGGCUGGGGCAUCUCCCCCAGAGGUGCUGGCUACACCUUCGGGCAGGAUAUCUCAGAAACCUUUAACCAUGCCAACGGCCUUACUCUGGUGUCAAGAGCUCAUCAGCUGGUGAUGGAGGGUUACAACUGGUGCCAUGAUCGGAAUGUUGUAACAAUAUUUAGUGCACCAAAUUACUGUUAUCGUUGUGGAAACCAGGCAGCUAUUAUGGAACUUGAUGAUACUCUUAAGUAUUCUUUCCUUCAGUUUGACCCUGCACCACGUAGAGGGGAGCCUCACGUGACCCGUCGAACACCGGACUACUUUCUUUAAAAGCAUGAUCUCCACAUCCUUGAAGAACUGCUGUAUCAUUGUGGUGAAGGAAGGCAGCAGAAAGACAACACAGUAUAUAAGCAGUUUGUUCGUCAGUGGAAAAAAGUGUACAUUUGGACCAAAAGGCGUGCCAUAUUUGAAAUGAAAAGCAGAAGCCUCUGUCCAAGAAUAUAGAUCUGCACUGAUGUGCUUGUUAUUCCUUUUUCCUUAAUUUCUGAUCUGUUGUCACUGUUCAUGUUCUGUUAAGGGUUGCAUUGUAUCAAAAAGAACCAUAUUAAUACUAGAAAUUGAAAAUAUGGACUUGGGACCCUUUAAUGAAAGAGUGAUUCCUUCUUGUUACAGCUUUUACUUGGCAUGACUGUAGAAAAAAGGUGGCAGAAAAACAUUACUGCUGCAACAUUAAAGAUGUACCAAGUACUGUUUUGUGUUAUAAAAUGACAUCCCUAGUUCUGGGAAUAUAAAUUGACUCUGCACUUUGUAAAUUAAUUUUUGUCAUGAGAUUGUUUGCAGUUAGUUUACUACACCUUUUUUUUUUUUUUUUUUUU